GUUAGCCGCUUAGCUAGCUAGCUAGGUAAAGUUAGGUGGCUGUCGGAGAUUCGAAGUCGUUUGCUGGUUGUUGUUACGUUGAGCUUUUGCGAUAUGCAUAACAUUGACAUGUGGUAUUACUAUAUGCUGUUGGCUAUAUUUGCAACUUCUCACUGCGAUAAUUUGUGGGGGCUGUCAAGCUACCGCUAACGUUAGCUAUCUCUUGCUUUGACAGUUAACAAAGAUAACGGUCAACAGAGAAGAAGUGAAAGUGGUGUCUAGUAGAUACCAGAUAUCUUGUAGUUAUAGCUACUUGAAGAAGCUAUUACGCAGUACAGAAUGCUGCUGUCCCUUGUUGUGCACACGUACUCGUUGCGGUACUGGUUUCCUGCAGCGGUUAUGAUAGGCACAGCUCCAGCUUAUGUGCUAUCAUGGGGUGCUUGUCGUUUGAUUUCGGCUUUCCUACCAUCAAGAAUAUACCGCAAGAUGGACGACCACCUCUAUAACAUCUACCAGAGCCUCAUCCUCUUUUUCUUUGAAAACUAUACCGGGGUGGAGGUGAGUCGGCCUACAUUUCACUUAGUUUAAGGACACACACUGACUUAUAGCUUGUAAAGUAUCUUGUAUGGUGACAUUAUCAUGUAAUUACAGCUCUAGGAAUACAAAAGAUGAUACUUUUGUGUACAUCAAUGGACAGGAACUUGACUAACCAGAUGGAUGCCAGAUAGCUCUGUCUCCUCAGUCACUCAUCAACUACUCUAACUUGAAUAAGUCAGUGGGCUGAGCCCAACUGGGAAAUGUGGCUUGUGCAACCUCAGUGCCACUUCACAGAGCCCCUCUCUGUUUUCAGUUAAGAUAAAUGACCUAUAUCAAAUGUUCUCCCUGAAAGAAAAAAAACUACUUUAUGGUUAUCAUUUCUCUCUUUGAUGCCACAGGAGAGAGAAAGGUAGUAUUAGGUCUAAUGGUAUGUAGGAAGUGUGUGGUUGUCAUUAGUGUCUGGCUACUUGGCCAGCACUAGGGAUCAAAAUAAUGGCUAAUAUAAAGCUGAGAAAUGAAUGUGGUCUGCAUACAUAUAGGCCUAUACGAGUCUGGGACAUUGCAUAAAGCAUCCAGUUUUACCAGUGGUAUGCUGUUUCUUUCGUCAGUGUAUCAGCACGUGUCUGAUCAGUCAGGAAGUUAACUUCGCAGCCACUCUUUUGUGGUUCAUCUUUGUGUUUGCUAUUUAAGCCUAGUCUGGUGGGAACUUCAUUUAUUGUGGGUGUUCAUGAAUAUGGCUCUCAAAAUGAUAUAAUUGCACAUAUGCCUACAGUAGGUAUACUGUUUCAAACAUGUUAUCUUAUGAAGCACAACAACGCCUCAGGUGUUUGAACAAGUGACGCUCUUGAUUAAUUAUUAACAGCUUGUAUAAGGCUAUUAAGCUGAUGAGAACAGUUUAUGAACGAAAACACUGAGACAUGGUUGGCAUGCCAUUGGAUUUCUCAGCGCUAAGUGGAUUUUCCACAACAAAAUCCUGGGUGAAAGUCUAAUUACGAAGGUUGGCACAAAUUAUAUCAGUUUGGCAACCACCCAAAUUUCUUCCAUUUUAUUUCUGAUGUCUCUCAUUAUGCCCUUAUGGUGUCUUUUAGGCCUAACACUGUGCUGAUUCUUCCUUCUUUAGAUUGUUAUUUAUGGAGACAUACCAAAGAAUAAAGAGAAUGUGGUCUACCUUUCCAACCAUCAAUGCACAGGUGAGCUUUUCCUAUUCAACAAGAUGUUUUACUAAUUAAUUUCUCUUCAUUCUGAGAUAAAAGUUUGGCGUAUGAUGCGGUGAAAUUUGAGGAUUUCAUCUGAGAACACUGCGGUUUACACUGCAGUUGGACUAAAACCCUUAUUUUCUAUUGUCUUGUCAUACAGCGGACUGGAUCAUUGCUGACAUGUUAGCCAUUAGGCAGAAAGCACUUGGCCAUGUGAGAUACGUCCUGAAAGAUGGUCUGAAGUGGCUCCCAUUGUACGGAUGGUAUUUCUCUCAGGUAAUAUAUUUAUGUAAAAGAUGUAGGCCUUUGUUUCCUUUUUCUGUACAUACUGAAUUUAUUAUUACUUAUUAUGAAUACUUUGUAGUUAUGUACCUUUUGUAAUGUUUUUUUAUUUUCUUCAUCUGAGUGGCAGUCCCUUUUUCAGGAUCCUGUCUUUCAAAGAUAAUUCGUAAAAAUCCAAAUAACUUCACAGAUCUUCAUUGUAAAGGGUUUAAACACUGUUUCCCAUGCUUGUUCAAUGAACCAUACAUUUACAUUUACGUCAUUUAGCAGACGCUCUUAUCCAGAGCGACUUACAAAUUGGUGCAUUCACCUUAUAGCCAGUGGGAUAACCACUUUACAAUAUGUUUUUUCUUUUUUUUUCUUUGGGGUGGGGUAAGGGGGGGUAGAAGGAUUACUUUAUCCUAUCCCAGGUAUUCCUUAAAAGAGGUGGGGUUUCAAGUGUCUCCGGAAGGUGGUCAGUGACUCCGCUGUCCUGGCGUCGUGAGGGAGCUUGUUCCACCAUUGGGGUGCCAGAACAGCGAAAAGUUUUGACUCGGCUGAGCGGGAACUGUGCUUCCGCAGAGGUAGGGGGGCCAGCAGGCCAGAGGUGGAUGAACGCAAUGCCCUCGUUUGGGUGUAGGGACUGAUGAGAGCCUGAAGGUACGGAGGUGCCGUUCCCCUCACAGCUCCGUAGGCAAGCACCAUGGUCUUGUAGCAGAUGCGAGCUUCAACUGGAAGCCAGUGGAGUGUGCGGAGGAGCGGGGUGACGUGAGAGAACUUGGGAAGGUUGAACACCAGACGGGCUGCGGCAUUCUGGAUGAGUUGUAGGGGUUUAAUGGCACAGGCAGGGAGCCCAGCCAACAGCGAGUUGCAGUAAUCCAGACAGGAGAUGACAAGUGCCUGGAUUAGGACCUGUGUCGCUUCCUGUGUAAGGCAGGGUCGUACUCUCCGAAUGUUGUAGAGCAUGAACCUACAGGAUCGGGUCACCGCCUUGAUGUUAGCGGAGAACGACAGGGUGUUGUCCAGGGUCACACCAAGGCUCUUUGCACUCUGGGAGGAGGACACAACGGAGUUGUCAACCGUGAUGGUGAGAUCAUGGAACGGGCAGUCCUUCCCCGGGAGGAAGAGCAGCUCCGUCUUGCCGAGGUUCAGCUUGAGGUGAUGAUCCGUUAUCCACACUGAUAUGUCUGCCAGACAUGCAGAGAUGCGAUUCGCCACCUGGUUAUCAGAAGGGGGAAAGGAGAAGAUUAGUUGUGUGUCGUCUGCGUAGCAAUGAUAGGAGAGGCCAUGUGAGGAUAUGACAGAGCCAAGUGACUUGGUGUAUAGCGAGAAUAGGAUAAACAAGGCUUUCGACUCUUGUCAACCACCGCAUUCUUAUUGGCAGACUAAAUAGCCUUGGUUUCUCAAAUGACUGCCUCGCCUGGUUCACCAACUACUUCUCAGAUAGAGUUCAAUGUGUCAAAUCGGAGGGCCUGUUGUCUGGACCUAUGGCAGUCUCUAUGGGGUGCCACAGGGUUCAAUUCUUGGGCCGACUCUUUUCUCCAUGUAUAUCAAUGAUGUCGCUCUUGCUGCUGGUGACUCUCAGAUCCACCUCUACGCAGACGACACCAUUUUGUAUACAUCUGGCCCUUCAUUGGACACUGUGUUAACAAACCUCCAAACAAGCUUCAAUGCCAUACAACACUCCUUCAGUAGCCUCCAACUGCUCUUAAACACUAGUAAAACUAAAUGCAUGCUCUUCAAUCGAACGCUGCUAGCACCCGCCCACCCGGCUAGAAUCACUACUCUCGACGGGUCUGACCUAGAGUAUGUGGACAACUACAAAUACCUAGGUGUCUGGUUAGACUGUAAACUCUCCUUCCAGACUCACAUUAAGAAUCUCCAAUCCAAAGUUAAAUCUAGAAUCGGCUUCCUAUUUCGCAACAAAGCCUCCUUCACUCAUGCUGCCAAACAUGCCCUCGUAAAACUGACUAUCCUACCGAUCAUUGACUUCGGCGAUGACAUUUACAAAAUAGCCUCCAACACUCUACUCAGCGAAUUGGAUGUAGUCUAUCACAGUGCCAUCCGUUUUGUCACCAAAGCCUCAUAUACUACCCACCACUGUGACCUGUACGCUCUUGUUGGCUGGUCCUCUGUAGCUCAGCUGGUAGAGCACGGCGCUUGUAACGCCAAGGUAGUGGGUUCGAUCCCCGGGACCACCCAUACACAACAAUGUAUGCACGCAUUACUGUAAGUCGCUUUGGAUAACAGCGUCUGCUAAAUAGCAUAUUAAUAUUCGUCGCCAAACCCACUGGCUCCAGGCCAUCUAUAAAUCACUGCUAGGCAAAUCCCCGCCUUAUCUGAGCUCAUUGGUCACCAUAGCAACACCCACCCGUAGUAUGCGCUCCAGCAGGUAUAUCUCACUGGUCAUCCCCAAAGCCAACACCUCCUUUGGCCGCCAUUCCUUCCAGUUCUCUGCUGCCAAUGACUGGAACGAAUUGCAAAAAUCUCUGAAGCUGGAGACUCUUAUCUCCCUCACUAACUUUAAGCAUCAGUUGUCAGAGCAUCUUACCGAUCACUGCACCUGUACACAGCCCAUCUGAAAUUAGCCCACCCAACUACCUCAUCCCCAUAUUGUGAGCACCCCAGUAUCUCUAUUUGCACAUCAUCUCUUGCACAUCUAUCAUUCCAGUGUUAAUACUAAUUGUAAUUAUUUUGCACUAUGGCCUAUUUAUUGCCUUACCUCCAUAACUUGCUACAUUUGCACACACUGUAUAUAUAUUUUCUGUUGUAUUUUUGACUUGUUUUACCCCAUAUGUAACUCUGUGUUGUUUUUAUCGCGCUGCUUUGCUUUAUCUUGGCCAGGUCGCAGUUGUAAAUGAGAACUAGUUGUCAACUGGCUUACCUGGUUAAAUAAAGGUGACAAAAAAUAAAAAAGAAUUAAUGAACAUGGACCUGUGGAACGGUCGUUAAGACACUAACAGCUUACAGACGGUAGGCAAUUAAGGUCACAGUUAUGAAAACUUAGUACACUAAAGAGGCCUUUCUACUGACUCUGAAAAACACCAAAAGAAAGAUGCCCAGGGUCCCUGCUCAUCUGCGUGAACGUGCCUUAGGCAUGCUGCAAGGAGGCAUGAGGACUGCAGAUGUGGUCAGGGCAAUAAAUUGCAAUGUCCGUACUGUAAGAUGCUACAGGGAGACAGGACGGACAGCUGAUUAUCCUCGCAGUGGCAGACCAUGUGUAACAACACCUGCACAGGAUCGGUACAUCCGAACAUCACACCUGCGGGACAGGUACAGGAUGGCAACAACAACUGCCCGAGUUACAUCAGGAAUGCACAAUCCCUCCAUCAGUGCUCAGACUGUCUGCAAUAGGCUGAGAGAGCAAAAAGUGCUCUUCACUGACGAGUCACGGUUUUGUCUCACCAGGGGUGAGAGUGGGGUAACAUCUCACAGCAAGAAAUGGCAAAUCUGGUGCAGUCCAUGAGGAGGAGAUGCACUGCAGUACUUAAUGCAGCUGGUGGCCACACCAGAUACUGACUGUUACUUUUGAUUUUGACCCCCCCCCCCCCCUCCCCCCUUUGUUCAGGGACACAUUAUUCCAUUUCUGUUAGUCACAUGUCUGUGGAACUUGUUCAGUUUAUGUCUCAGUUGUUGAAUCUUGUUAUGUUCAUACAAAUAUUUACACAUGUUAAGUUUGCUGAAAAUAAACACAGUUGACAGUGAGAGGACGUUUCUUUUUUUUCUGAGUUUAUAUGUGUGUGUGAAAUAAUGAAUAACAAAUAAAUGAACUGAAAAUGAAAUUAGAUUAAUUUAAAUAUUGUACUUGUAACCCCUCCCCCCCCCCCAAAAAAAACAACAACACUUUGGUCACAAAAAAACUAAAAAGAUCUAGGCCGAUCUGAAAGAUUUUUGCACUGUCAAAGAUAUGUUAUGUGUAUUGUGCUUAUUGGUAUGCUUCAUUUAAGCCUAUGUUGUGUACAUUUUUUCUCAAAUGUUAUUUUCUUAGCAUGGCGGUGUCUACGUGAAGCGAAACGCAAAGUUUGACGAGAAGGCAAUGAAAAAGAAGCUCUCUUCACAGACAGUGUUGGGAACACCAGUAAGUAUUUAUGGAGCACACUGACAGAAACUGUCUGAUAUGGGAAUGUUAUUUCCUCCCCAAAACCAUUUUUUGGGGGGGAAAUUUUGCAUGUUUCUUGCACUGUAGCCAAUAACUUUUUACAUGGCUGCCAACAAAACAAACGUUUUAUACUGCCACUUCAUUCAAAUUGAUUCUGUUGAUGGGCUGUGAGGCUGUCAGUGAAUACCAUGAAAGUGCUCUUACAUUAUCCAAAUUGUCAUUUUUUAAAAGCGCAUUGCUAUUCUAAAAGAUACAAAAUACAUUAAACUAACUGAAAUAUUUAUAAUGGCCUUUUUGGUCACUGGCAUGUCCAUUCUAAAUGUUUCCCUGUGUCUAGUCUAUAUCAGGAAGGACAGCUGUUGCCAAAUAACUUUUUCCCAGGACACUUCAGAUCCACAGCUUGUUGUUUGGUCUUCCUGGCUAGCAUUUUGGCAUGAUCUUAUGACUUGUCUAGUCUACAUGACAGCCAAGUUGCAGCGUUUUCAGAUGUGCAUGCAUGGGUAUGUAGAGUAUAGACAGGGAUGUAUGAAAUGGGUACCUGUCAGUGCCUUGAAGUCUAGUAACCCUGCUGUAAAACUGCACUCUUAUCUUAAGAGCAAUGAUGUGCUGAUCUCCCCUGUAAGACUUCACCUGUCCUAACUCAACCACCAUUUGGUUUGUUAUCUGUGCAGAUGUAUCUUGUCAUCUUCCCAGAAGGAACCCGAUACAACCCUGAACUCAAGAAGAUGAUCAGUGACAGUCAGGCUUUUUCCGCUAAAGAAGGUGCUCUUUCAUACUUUCAAAUGUAGUAUUAUUGAUUUUGAGGGAGUGUAUUCUUGCAUGACUAAUAGCAAAGCUUUGGGGAUGAUGAAUGAAUGGGGGGUCAUGUAAUGGGGGGUCAUGUAAAGGUGCAUUGCAACAGGUACUUCAGCUUCUACCCCACCCAUUCCUCCCUAAAAGCUUUAUGGUCAGUGCUAUCUGGGAUCCUUGGGACGUCCCUUUCCUAAAACCUUACCCCAACCCUUAUCUUAACCAUUUUAAAUUUCAACUUCAAUGGUGUAGGGAUGUCCCAAGGAUCCCGGAUAGCAGUGACCAAUGCUUAAUGGACUUCUUAUAUCACGUUGAAAGUGGUUGUUGUAGCACAGAAUUGUUUUACCCUCUUCAACCUCUCAAACUCAGCCAGUGGCCAUGUUCACUAGUGAUGGGGGAAGAAAUCGAUAGUUACAUAUUGACAAUACAUCGUAUUGUUUUGACAAUAUCGCAAUAUUAUUUUUGCACCAGUUGGCUGUACCUGCCCCAAAACUCCAGUAUUUUCCCUUAAUAGCAUGUUCUCCAUCUUCUUUUUAAACAGGGAGCCAAUUUGUUUUCAGCAAAAACAAAUCCAUGACUGAUCAAAACUAGUUUUCUCAUGGCUCUCUCUUGUCCCUCUGCAGCAGACAUAUGGUGAGCAAUAUGUUUGGAACAUCGAAUCGCAAUACAAUCACAGUAUAGAAUCGCAAUACAUAUCGUAUCGGCACUUAAGUAUCGUGAUAAUAUCGUAUUGUGAAGUCCCUGGCAAUUCCCAGCCCUAAUACAGUGGAGAACUCAAACCACAUCACUUUUUAAAAACAGUAGAAGGGUAUUUGGGUCAUUGGCAGUAACAAAGGUUUUUAAUACAACUCGCAACAUGAAAGCAAAAUCCAUUUACUAUAACAGCGAAUACAUUCUACCCACAACUAACUUUUUGCCAUCUAUGUAAAAAUGUCAAGACCCAAAUGUUGACAGCAUUGGAGGGGAAGCUUAGACAAAAUGAAAAGCCGCCUGGCUGUUUUGUAUUUUUUCUCAUCGCCAGUGGAUUGCUGGUACAGCGCCAAGAGCUUGGCAGCUCCAACCAGUGAUCUGCUUUAAUGAAAUAUCCCAGAGGCUGGAGCUUAAAAAUUGGGCAAAAGAUUAACUUGUGAUUACAAAAGUAUUUUACUGCUGGCUGAUAAGUGAUUUAUAAUGUUGCUAGACCUAAUUCGCAAGAGCAAAUUGAAUGGUUUAAAAGCUGGUGCAUAUUACAUUUUGUUUAAUAAAGUAGGAUAUAUUAGUUUAGUAGCAGACAUUUUGUUUAAUAAAGUAGGAUUUAUUAGUUUGGCAGAAGACUGAUAUAUUACUUAUAGUUUACUGUAAUGCACAUAUUUUUCUAUAUUUAAAGUUCAAUAUUAAUAAAAUGAAGAUAAUGCUAAAGAUUAAGAUCAUAAUUCCUUGUCGUCUGAAGUUAUAACAUUUGUCCAUCAGAGAUUGCAGAUUUCCCAAUGAACUGCCUUGGCCAUCACAGCUACAUCCCCAUGUUAUGGAGCGGAACAUAUACACGGUGUGGUACUUGAUAAACUGCAGUCCUUUGCGUGCGUAGCUACAGAUUUAACUAGAAAAAUCUGUCACUGAAAUCAAAAUGCCAAAUAUCACCUGCCCCUGUAAGUCCUAGUAAACCGCUCUAGGGAUUUGGGUUUAGCACAUGACUAUAUGAUCUGCCUGCCGUAAGGUGGGGGUAUAGUAGAGAAAUGAGAAUGGUGCCACGUAUAUUCUACCAACAACAGGAUGGAACAACACAUUUGUUAUGCAGUAGUAGUUGGUCCCAAAGAAAAACCUGUGGACUUUGGACAGAGUUCAAUCAAGAUUAAAUCAGGGGAGAAUAGCAGGCCUGUUAAAUGACCUCUUAAUUGUGUAUAUAUGGUUUUAGAUAAUUGCUGGUCUCAAAUGCAGCCGACAAUCUUUCUGAUUAGUGAUUACAACAACCGGGUGACAUUUGGAAGACGUCAUUUGUCACCUCACUCAGUGAAGUAUGGGAUAGUUUGACCAUUGCUAAUUCAAUUUGUCCACGUCUGUCUACCAUUUCAGUUAUGUGAACAAGUGAAGUUAUGUGUCCUGAUCAUUUGAAUGGAGGGCUGUAUUCCCCAGACACUAUACUUUUUGUUAGCCUUUAUUGAAAGAUCCAAAUGAAAUCCUGGUACUAGAAACAGUGUCUUGUUUAACACUGCAUAUCACCUGGCACAACCAAGCCAUUUAACAGCGCCAGGUCGCCUAGCGGUCAAGAGUGUUGGGCCAGUAACUGAAAGGUCACUGGUUCGAAUCCCCGAGCCGACUAGGUGAAGAAUCUGUCUGUGCCCUUGAGCAAGGCACUUAACCAUAAUUGCUCCUGUAAGUGGCUCUGGAUAAGAUAAAAUAUAAAUGUAAAAAAAAUGAACCAAUGCUCUCCUGUUCAUUUCCUUCAGGGCUGGCUAUCUUGGACCACGUUCUGACCCCAAGAAUGAAAGCCUCUCACAUUGCCAUAGAAACCAUGAGGAACCACCUGGAUGCUGUGUAUGACGUCACCGUGGUGUAUGAGGGAACACUGGGCAAAAGCAGUGAAAGACAUCCUGCCCCAUCAAUGCCAGGUAUGAGGUUGUUCCAGACAAUUCAAUUAUUUCAGGUAUUAAGGGGGGAUUUUGAUGCUAGCAAUCAUCUUCAAAAUUUCCACACGCAACUGGAGUUACUCAGUUCAUUAUCAGUAUAACAUUGUUCUCCUAAUUAAAACAGAAAAUAACUUGGCUUCCUGUAAACAGUGCGUGUUAUGUUGUGGUGUUUUUGAUUCCUCUGUGUUCCCAAAGCCUUUUUGAAAAGCCUUGGUGUGAAAACAUCCUGUUGCUUUCAGGAAUAAACAGUGAUGUGCUGGUAGUAAACAGCAUGGGAAGAAUGGAAAAGCAUGUUUGUCUAAGUACACCUCCUGUUCAUUUCCCAGUAUUUCACAUGUUAUUGAGGUGACACUAUUGAAGGAGGAAAUGACUGAACCGUGUUUGAACUGAAAACAGGAAAGUUUUCCGCACUGAAACGGUUGACCUUCUUGCAACCAAACUCAAUGGGUAUCAAAUCAUUUUGGUAUCAAAUAUUGUCACCCCUAAUCUUUCACCCUUAUUGAUAAAACACAAGUAUUUGCUCUGAUUGGCUGGUGUCCAGGCUCUUCCUGGUUUCAAGCUAGGUUGAAAUAAGGUUAAGACAACAUAAUAAUUUCAUGCAGAAGCGUUUGAAAAUAAACUAAUACAUUGGACCAGUCUUGGAGCAAAAAUGACUGGAAGUGAAUGUUUUCACUACAGAAAGUUUGCCAUCAAAGUGGAAAAUACAGAGCAUUCAGAAAGUAUUCAGACGCCUUGACCUUUUCCACAUUUUGUUACGUUACAGCCUUAAUCUAAAAUUGAUUCAAUAUAAUUUUUUCUUCAUCAAUCUACACACAAUACCCCGUAAUGACAAAGCGAAAACAGCUUUUUAGACGUUUUGCAAAUGUAUUACAAAUAAAAAACAGAAAUACCUUAUUUACAUAAGUAUUCAGACCCUUUGCUAUUGGACUCGAAAUUGAGCUCAGGUGCAUCCUGUUUCCAUUGAUCAUCCUUGAUGUUUCUACAACUUUGAUUGGAGUCCACCUGUGGUGAAUUCAAUUGAUUGCACAUGAUUUGGAAAGGCACACACCUGUCUGUAUAAGGUCCCACAGUUGACAGUGCAUGUCAGAGCAAAAACCAAGCCAUGAGGUCGAAGGAAUUGUCCAUAGAGCUCCGAGACAGACAGGAUUGUGUCGAGGCACAGAUCUGGGGAAGGGUACCAAAAAAUGUCUGCAGCAUUGGAGGUCCCCAAGAGCACAGUGGCCUCCAUCAUUCUUAAAUGGAAGAAGUUUGGAACCACCAAGACUCUUCCUAGAGCUGGCUGCCCGGCCAAACUGCGCAAUCGGGGGAGAAGGGCCUUGGUCAGGGAGGUGACCAAGAACCCGACGGUCACUCUGAAAGAGCUGAAGAGUUCCUCUGGGGAGAUGGGAGAACCUUCUAGAAGGACAACCAUCUCUGCAGCACUCCACCAAUCAGGCCUUUAUGGUAGAGUGGCCAGACGGAAGCCAUUCCUCAGUAAAAGGCACAUGAACGCCCAUUUGGAGUUUGCCAAAAGGCACCUAAAGACUCUCAGACCAUGAGAAACAAGAUUCUCUGGUCUGAUGAAACCAAGAUUGAAUUCUUUGGCCUAAAUGCCAAAAGUCACAUCUGGAGAGAUCCUUGAUGAAAACCUGCUCCAGAGCGCUCAGGAGCUCAGACUGGGGAGAAGGUUUACCUUCCAACAGGACAAUGACCCUAAGCACACAGCCAAGGCAACGCAGGAGUGGCUUCGGGACAAGUCUCUGAAUGUCCUUGAGUGGCCCAGCCAGAGCCUGGACUUGAACCCAAUCGAACAUCUCUGGAGAGACCUGAAAAUAGCUGUGCAGCGACGGUCCCCAUCCAACCUGACAGAGCUUGAGAGGAUCUGCAGAAAAUAAUGGGAGAAACUCCCCAAAUACAGGUUUGCCAAGCUUGUAGCGUCAUACCCAAGACGACUCGAGGCUGUAAUCGCUGCCAAAGGUGCUUCAAAAAAGUACUGAGUAAAGGGUCUGAAUACUUAUGUAAAUGUGAUAUUUCCAAAAACCAGUUUUUGCUUUGUCAUUAUGGAGUAUUGUGUGUAGAUUGAUUGAACAAAAAAAUAUAUUUUAGAGUAAGGCUGUAACAUAACAAAAUUUGGAAAAAGUCAAGGGGUCUGAAUACUUUCCGAAUGCACUGUAAACACAGUCUUAGUGAAUUUCAGCUAACUACACAGCAAACACAUAGCAUACCUGUUUUACUGUCUAUUAAUUUUAACAUUUUUCAAAUUAUCUACAGCCACUGCUGGUCACGUUUUCAAUAGAUCCGCAACGGCGCUGGUGAAUGAAUGUGUUUAUUUUCGAAUGCUCCGCAUUGAAUCAGUCCUUUGUCUUAACCUGCAUAUUUUCGACCUAGGUAUCAUGUGAACCCACGUUGAUAUAAACUGAAAUAAACUGUAAUAUCCAUUGAAUGACUGAUGCAGUGGUUAUGGGGGUUUAUUCCAUGGGAACGUUUCGAAGCACGGCCCCAGAUUCGGCAGUUUGCUUAUUUUUAACGUCAACGUUUCCAUGGGAGCUUUCAGCUAAGCUGUCUGAUCAGAGUUAUUGUUUUGUCAUGUACGACAUGCGCAGGGAUUUUACUUUUCUCUUAUCUUGGCUUUUAACCUUCAUAUGGCAGGAUUCAAAAUGCUGCCAGUUCUCAAGGCUAAUGCCCCGCUUGCAUUGAUGGAAUUAUCAUGACAUCAGAACAUGUUAGUGAUGUUUGAUAUAGUGGUUCUAAAAUGUCUCCUGCGAUUAGGACCUCUAAUAUUUAUUAGAUGACUCCAUGUCUUUCUAACAAAAUGGCUCAAGGAAUUGAAGAUCAUCCAAGCAUUCAUUCUUGUCAAUUCAAUUCUUGAGAAAUUUGACAUUGAAUCAGAGCUGGUGUGUAAUGCUUUUGUCUAUCAUUUGAGAUAAUAGCUAUACGCUUUAGAAUCACUGUGCCAUCUUGACCUUCUUUAAAAGGCAGGAGUUAGUGUAAAUCAACCAUGUAGAUGUUUUCCAAUGGGUCACAGGAAAGGCUGACUCUUCUGUCAUAAGUGCUCUCCCUCUGGGGAGGCUGGAGUGACGUGACAUGUGGUCCUUUUUUGCUUUCUUAUAUCUCAGGAGACUUUUGUAAUUUGAUCCAGCUGUUUCUCCAUGAUAACAUGGAACUGAACAAAUUGCCUUCACGAGUGUAGUGUGAGGGAUAAUGGUUUUAAUGACUGCUUUACCGUUGUGGAUCUGGCUGAUUGGAUGAGUCAUAUGAAAAUGCCAAAUGGGUACUAUGAUUAAGAAUAGGCCUAUAGGCUAAUCUGAGGGCCUGUAAGAAAAACACAGCAGGCGGGGCUUUUGAGGAGACUAUAGUUUCUAAAGCUGGUCAUUCAAAUCCGGCUCAGAUUGUACAGUGUUUUGGAAAUUGUUGGGAAAAACAGACCUCCGUGCAAGCUGUAGUCACUUAGUUCCUCCAUUUGGAGUUAGAGGACGGAAGUUUAGAGAGUUCAGGUCAGAUCCAUUAGAUACUGUAUCUGAACCUAUGUAGUGCCUCAUUCACAACCUGUUGAACACAAUUUGAUGGCUCACUCUCUACGUGGCCUUUGGCUGCUAUGCUCUUCCUGAUGUUGUUUUGUCUCUCAUUCAUGUUUUCUCUGUUUGACAGAAUUCCUGUGUAAGGAAUGUCCCAGAGUUCACAUCCACUUUGAACGUGUGGACGUGAAGGAAAUUCCACCGGAGUCUGUGUUUUUCCGCAGGUGGCUGCACGAGCGAUUUGAGAUCAAGGACCAGUGAGUAUCCUCUUACCCCCUCUCUCUAACCCUGUCUGACAUUAUGACACUGACCCAUGCACAAAUUCCACAUGUAGGCCAAGGUUGAGUUCAAGUUAAGAAAAUGAAUCUGAAAUGAAUCUGAAAUGCUGGCAGAACUUCAAUUACUCAAAUGGUGGAUAUUAAGGAUGCUGGAGCUAGUCUGGUUUGAUAAGUCAUGUAAUAAUAUGUGUUGAAUUCCCCGACUGCACAAGAAAAGUGUGCACUGACCAGGGUUGCAAAAUUCCAGUAACUUCCCCAUUUUGCCGGGUUUUCCAGAAAUCCUGGUUGGAGGAUUCCGGAUUUCCUGGUUAUUCUCACUUAAUUCCGGGAAUCUCUGGAAAACCUAGUAAUUUUUGGAAGGUUACUGGAAUUUUGCAACCCUACCACUUACUAACAAUUACAGUUAUAAAUUGUCAUGAUUGGCUGAUUAGACAUGAGUUGGGGAUAUGCAUUAACUCUAAAGGGAACCUUCUCUCUUUCUCCACAGGAUGUUGACUACUUUCUAUGAGUCUGAGGAUCCAGACAAAAAAGGCAGAUUCCCUGGAGAAGGUCAAAGGUCCCAUCUGAGCAUUAUGAAGACGUUGCCAUCGCUGCUAUUUUUGGGCGGGCUAACACUGCCAAUGCUGUUGACGGAGUCUGGCAGGAAACUCUAUGUCCGAACCUGGGUGUAUGGGACUCUGUUGGGAUGGCUCUGGGUCAACGUUAGUCCUUAAGAAGCUUAUGGUGGUCAUCAAUGCCAUCUGCUAUGGCUAUGGAAAGACCUUGCCCUUUCACUCACCCAUCAGGCAGGGGCGUAUGUUUUUCGAAAAACAAAGCACUUGUUGCUGUUAAGGUUUGGUUCUUCUAGAAUUCUGUCCAAAUGGUUGGCUCAUUGCCUACCUAACAGCUGUAAGAAGAGAGAGUGAGAUAGAUAGAUAGAUAGAUAGAUAGAUAGAGAAUCGGUUUUGUUUCUUGUGCUGCUUCUUCAUUGCUCUAUGGUUGUGUGCGUCAACUUGCAGCCAGAUAAGGUGAGAAAAAUAGAAAUAGGGAUGUUGUAUGUCUUUCUUUCCUUGAAUUUCCCCCUUUAUCUCAGCCAUAAAGUAUGAAUAGACAGAUUUUCUUCCCUAUACAGUUUAGCCUAUUACAUAAUUAAAUUCUGUAAUUUUGCAUGUCCAGUGUCCAGCAUCCCUUUUCAACAUGUAAUCUUCCAUUAGUUUACCGGAGUUAGGCUUCAGCUCUCUGUUUGAGAUGUUAUGCUGUGUUCAUGUGCUCUUGGAAUUAUUAACAACUCGGGACUGAGAAACUCCCCAAAUGCUCUCAGAAUGUUCAUAACUCUGCGUUGACAACGUCCAAAAAGUAAUUUAUGAGCUUCCAAGAAGGAUGAAAUAGGAGUGGGGAGAUAACAUGUAUCGUCCUCUGAUCUUUCCAGUAAGAUAGUUUAGAGUUUCUUAUUCCGAGGAGCAUGUGAACCCAGCAUUAGAGAGCAGAUGUAAUAUUCAGUACUAAUUACAAAGUACUCAUUACAAAAGAGAGUGAUUUAGUGUUUAUCCAAUAGUCAAAUUAAUACAUUCUUGAGGGUGAUGGAGGGAUUAGGUCUAAGUGAUGGUUACUUAGCCAUGUGUUUAAAGUUCUCCUUUUUAAUACCUGGUUACAACAUGUCUGCUGUAUGUGCGCUUUGUUUGUUUGAGUUUUUGCAAAUGUUCCGCAAAUUGUUGCCAAACUCUAUAGAAGUGCAGGGGUAUCAAACAAGUGUUUUUAGGGGGAGGAAUGUAUCUGUAAUCGGGUCAGCUGUACCUGAGGAACCAAUAUUGUAUUUUUUAAUUGACCGAAAGAUUGCAAGUAUAUUAGAUUUUCUAAAACAAAUUCCGUUUUGGAGAGCUUGUUAUUGAGGCAUUUUUGUAUAUGCUGCCUUUGCCAUGUGACAGAUUACACAAGGGGUAGAGAUAGCUAUAUAUUGAGAAGGCCAAUUGUAGUGUAUCACAAUAUAGAAUUCAUAAUCCUUUGUUUACAAAGUCAACUGUAUAAUAUGCGUCACUAUUCUAAAAACAGUUAUAUACUGUAUGUCCAUUAUUUUUCACAAUGAAAACAUAACUUUUUCAACUGUUGUCACUUUACAUGUUGGUAUUCUUAUUUAAUUGAAUUAUUAAAGGUGUCUUCCAAUAGGGAUGAAAUUAGCCCAUGGUAAUUACACCUGCCAUAACAAGGUCUCAUUUACAUAUCCUUCCUUUAAUAACAAUGUGGAAUGGCAAUACAGUUUAAAAACAUGAUUUCAUUCAAUUUAUUUAAUUUAAUUCUGUCAACUUGAUAUAUAUAAAAAAAAAGCUGAUUGUAAAUAAUCAAACAAUUCUGGUAGACACUAUUGUGCCAAUUGUACCCAGAAAUGUGUGCCUUCUACCAGAGUUAGUCCUCAGCUUCCAUCCAGAGGACUGCCCGUAAUGACUGGACUGGGACUCCCUCUACUGGACAGCACUGGAACUGUUUUGCACAGCAUAGUUUAUUGGUGUAAUUGUCUUCAGUUAUGCGCUUUUGGCGGAAUUUGGUGGAAUAUUUUUUUUUAAGCACUUGAUUUUGAGAAGAAAAAAAAAGUAAUAUGUUUUAGGUUUUUUUUCCUUUUGUAAAUAAAGUACCUC